AUGCCCUCCUUCAACUUCCACCCCGGAUUCGCUGGGCACGGUAUGCGAUGCAAUCCAUGGAAUCCAACGCAGUACAUCCUCACGGCUGCCGAGCACUUUGGUGUGGCGGGGUCGGGCAAGGUGUACAUUCUGAAUACGGCGCCAGGGGUGCCGCCGGGGUCCCCGGUCUCCCUUUUCGGGUGUUGGGGGACAAGCGACGGGGCAUUUGAUGCAUGUUUCAGCGAAGUGGACCAAAAUGUUGUGGCGGUGGCCUGCGGUGAUGGUCUGAAGCUGUACAACGUGGCUGAGUCCGCAAACCGGGAUGGCGCUCCGCCCCUAGUGCACAUCACGGAGCACCAGGCGGAGGUGGUGGGGGUGACAUGGAACCGUGACAGCUUCCUCUCCUGCAGCUGGGAUGGCGCGGUGAAGUUGUACCAGGCGGCCAACCCGGGCGUGUCUGCCAUGACCUUCCAGGAGCACGUGAAGGAGGUGUAUGAAGUUUCCUGUUCCACGCGCAACCCCGCCUCAUUUUUGUCAGCCUCUGGGGACGGCACGUGGAAGCUGUGGGACGCGCGUGCACCGCGCUCCGUCUUGACGCAGGUUGGACACAACCAUCAGAUUAUUCUCAGCAUUGACUGGAAUAAGUACGACGGGAGCAUCUUUGCCACCGGCGGCGUGGAUCGUACAGUGCGGCUGUGGGACCUUCGCCGGCCAACUCAGCCCCUCGCCUCCCUCCCUGGGCACGACAACGCCUGCCGCCGUGUGCGCUUCUCACCCCACUCGCGCGUGCUGCUGGCGUCGGCCGGCUACGACUGCCGCGUCUGCAUCUGGGACCUCAACCAGCCACAGCGCCCCCUCACCGCCCGCUACGCCCACCAUCGCGAGUUUGUCGUUGGGCUGGAGUGGUCGCUGGCCGUGCCGAACGCGAUUGCCUCCGCCUCUUGGGACGGACAGGCGUUCUUCUGGGUGACCGGGCAGCAGGUCACGCCGUCGCCGCCGCUGCAGCAACUCCCCGCCGCCGUGCCGCCGCCGCGGGUCCGGGUGCCACGAACGAAAGUACUCCCGGGGCUUCCGCUUGCGCCGCCCACCAUUCCCGUCCCGCAGUAG